AUGUCCAACAUCGAAGAGGAGCAGGAGCUGCUGGAUCAAAAUGACACGGAUCACGCGGCGAGCUGCAUAGCAGAGAAAACCAUCAGCUGCAGUGAUCCUCGGCAGAGUGAGAAGAGUAGAAAGGUCCACCCGCAGCUAGUCUCGACACCGGUGCAGAGGGAGGAGUUUUUAUGGAGGUCGAACGAGGAAGGGCGGCAAUCAAAGACGAGGCAGAAAUCAUUCGAUCAGAAGCAAGAGGAUGACGCGUCGGGCAGCUCGCUGCAGGGUGACAUAUGCAGAAUAUGCCACAUGGGGGGCUUUCCUCAGCUGGCCCAUACCCAGCCGAUGUGGGAGUGGCAGAACCAGGGCGUUCGUCGGGUUUCCAGCCAGAUAUCCACCUUGUCGUCGUACGCCUACUUGGGGCCGCUGAUCGCAGCUUGCAAAUGCCGCGGUACCGUGGGUCUCGUCCAUGCCGAAUGCCUCGAACGAUGGUUGACAGAAUCGGGGCACAUGAGGUGUGAACUUUGCGGUCACAAGUACGUCAUCAAGCGAGUUCCUCGCCACGGGAUUCUCGCCAGUGUUGGAAUAUGGCUGAAAACAGUGGUAGCUACUCAGCAGAUGUUCCUGGACAUAAUGUACCUUCUGGUAACAACGCCCCUUGCCCUGUUUUCCUGCUACGUCUGCGCGCUUGCGUUGAGGGUGUUGAUAGAGGGUGGAUUUUACCAGAUACCAUGGAUGAUAAUAGCGAUGCUACCGACAUGCUCACUGACGCUGAUCGCCUACUGGGGCUGGCUGAUAACUCUGGGCAGACUCCACUCCCGACGCUGGCGACGCUUUUGGCGAAACAACUUCGUCGUUCGUCUGCUGCCCGAUAACGCUCUUUCGCGGUUGAACCACGCCGACAACUAUCCAUCGGCUGGACCACCCGUCCCCAUAGUCGUGAACGUCGUGGAGGAACCCGCGACCGCUGGAAUCCCUGAAGAUAACGACGAGGUCGAAGAAUACAACGCGAGCGACGAUCAGGCUUGA